AUGACGAAAGAUUCAACUAAGAAAUUUUCACCCAACAGCGACUACCGUCUAGUCUUACAACGCCUCAAAUCGGAAUUUGAGCGAAGAUACAAUGAUCAGAAGCCGGCCUGCGAGUCACAACCGACCGACUAUGAAUUUCUCCGCACGCUCGGAGCAGGAGCCUUUGGUACAGUGAAACUGGUACGGCGGAAGACGAGCGAUAGCUUCUUUGCUAUGAAGAUUUUGACGAAAGAAAAAAUCAUUCGCCAAAAGCAACUGCAGCACACGAUUAAUGAGAAGCGAAUUUUGCAAAGUAUCCGGUUUCCGUUUGUCGUGAGACUGGAGAUAUGUUUUAAAGACAACUCGUACAUCUAUCUCGUGAUGCCGUUUGUGAAUGGAGGCGAAAUGUUCACGCUUUUGAGAAGCUGUGGAAGGUUUCCUCAUAUGCAGGCCGCUUUCUACGGAGCUCAGGUGGCAUUGGCCCUAGAAUAUCUACAUUCCUGCGACCUGAUCUAUCGUGAUUUGAAACCGGAAAAUCUUCUACUAGAUUACCGUGGGUAUGUACGGAUGACGGACUUUGGAUUUUGCAAGCUAGUGAAAGACAGAACGUGGACACUGUGCGGCACACCGGAAUAUCUUGCUCCGGAAAUUGUCCAGGCGAAAGGAUACGGGAAAGGUGUUGAUUGGUGGUCCUACGGAGUGCUGCUGUACGAAAUGUCGGCCGGCUACUCGCCAUUCUACGCGCAAACCGGCAACACGAUGGCUAUGUUCGAACGAAUCUGCAAGGGAAAGUACAAAUUUCCGAAAUAUAUUCCGUCGGAGCUAAGCAACCUGAUUCACCAUCUGCUGCAAAAUGAUCUCUCGCGAAGGUAUGGUAAUCUGCGCAGUGGAACUGAAGACAUCAAGCAACAUCAGUGGUUCAAGUCGAUUAACUGGUAUGCUCUACUGAACCGAGAACUGGUCGCACCGUAUGUUCCCGAACUGGCCGGGCGGGGCGAUGCUUCGCUGUUUGAUAAUUACGAUGAAGCUAGCCUGAAGGUUGCCAGCCGAUGUGAAUAUGCGAAAGAAUUUGCAAACUUUUAA